AUGUUACAUUGUAACCGGAAGCAUAAUAAAAGACCGAGCACUCUUGAUUCAACCGAUCAUCAAUGUGCAGAAUCAGAAUUUGCAUUGAAUCAAGUAAAGUGUACAAAUACCAACCAUCUAAUCAAAAUGGAAAAACACAUAAAGAAGAUACAAAUAUUGAAGGUUAUACAUCCAGGCAAUUUCUUAGUAAAAAUAUUGACCAAUGAAGAUGAAGAUGCGGUUACUUUUUCCAUGUUUGUCAGAGAAAUGACCAGCUGUCUCAAUGAACUGCAGAGUAUUGGCAUUACUUCUUACAGACCUGCUGAGAAAGACAUAUGUGCUGCAUUGGGAGAUGAUGGAAUCUGGUAUAGAGUGAGACUAACUUCAAGAGUAACAGACCACAGCUUUAUGUGCAGCAAGAUAGAUGACAUUUCAGAGUUUCUCUGUAACUCACAUAGGUUGAUGACAUUGCCACGCAAGUUUUUAGAAUAUCCACAACAAGUCCUUAAGUGCUGCCUUUGGGAUGUUCAUCCUAUCACAAUGACCAUGGAGCUAGGGGAAAAGGGCUACCAAGCUAAGCAAAGAGCCUGUGAAGAAUGGGAUGAGGCAGCCACCCACUUCAUGAUUGACCAGAUUUCAAAUAGCAUCGGAUGUCGAGCUGAGAUUAUGAAAGAAGAUUGUGAUUCAGUUUUACACCUGAAAUUGUAUUUCAUCACCACUGAUGAGGAAAUAUAUUUUAACCAAAAAUUGCUGGAGGAAGGCUAUGCUAUUUCUUUACCAGAUCCCUCGAUUACUUUUACAGAUCUACCUCCUCUUAUUUCUGAAAGUGCUGAGACCCAGCAGCCAUUGGAUAGAUACCAAAAGUUACUAAACAGAAAUAAUAGCAGCAGUGGUCAAAGAGACAAUUGUGAAAGAGUAGUUAUGGAUACUUUUAGGACUUUUGGUAAUUCUCCUGAGUCUAGCAUUAAAUGUACUAGUACUCCAAGAAAGUUUGACAUUUCACCUCAACUACCAGGUUCAGUCAGGAUUCAAUCUUUGCUUGACAUUGGCUCACCACCUGCCCUAGUUCGCUGUGAACUGAGUCCCCAACAUAAAGUCAGUGUUAAUGGACAUUUUUCAACCGAUAAACAGGUGGCUGGUAAGGGUAGGGGCUUGGCCAGUAUUUUCUCAGAGAAAACUUUGGAUUCCCCUAGUUAUGGUCAAAGUCGAUCAACUUUUGUGGCCAGGCCUGUGUCUCCCCAGCAGCAGUUUGACAAAGGCCUUAAUUUCCUAUCAGAAGGAGAGAGUUUUAUCACAUCUAAUGGACAUGAUAAAAGGGACUUACUGGCCUGUGAUCAUGACAGGUCAUUGCUAAAUCCCUCCCAUCCAGAGCUUCAAUUUGAUACAAAACAUAUCUUGCAGUCAUCAGUCAGUUCUAGCUCAUCUGGCGAGAAGAGUUUGACAAACAUACAUUCCUCUAGCAUGAGUCAGCAAAGAUCAAAUUUUGCGCCAAAACUGACUUCUUCAGAGAUGCAGUUUGGGGACAGAUGUACUCUGAACUCCUCAGAAAAGAGCUCCAGCUUGUCCAAUGAUCAGAGUGUAAUUAACUUGAAGGUCUCUGAUCCUAAUUACUGCAAAUCUUGGGUUGAGUCCAGUCCUAUACCUGAAAGUCCUUCAUUGGAUCAGACUCAGAGACUUCAGGCAUGCUCACCCAGCAGUAGUUCUAGCUCAUCCUAUCUUCUGAGCACUACAGAUACUCAAUACAAAUCUCAGGGAGCUCGACCCAAACAGCCAAAAAGCUCAAGUAACAGAUUAUUGGAAAUGCUGGUAAAGAAACAUAAUGGAAAUGAUCAGACGCCAUCGUUGAAUAGCUCUUGUGAAAGGGAAGACCUUUUGAAAGGAAUAUUGGAAACGGGUCCACAGGUAAGCAGCUCUUCUUCUCCAAGUAAAGAGUACCCUGAACAAAGUGUGGACCUAAUGACUGUACGCCAAGAUCAGCCCAUCUCACGUCCAUUCCUAGGAGUUGUUGCUCAUGGCAUUGGUUUAGUUCCCAUGGCAAUAGAUUUAGCAGAUUCUCAUUUCCACGAAGAUGUCAAGAAAGUGUUGAUAGAAAAUUUUGAUCUCAAUACUGCUACUGGUAUUAUGCCCUUUGUGUGGAAAGCCUCCCUUGGCCUCCGCCAUGUUGUGGGUGUGUCUCCAAGUUGGAUGGAGAUGUGCUUGUCUUACUUACCUGGACUCUUGACUAAACUUUUGGAUCCGUUGGACUACAAAGACUUGCCUCCUGGUAUAGGGCCUCGUGCAUUAAUAUUGGCUCCAUCUUGCAUGAAGGUCAGGGACAUAUCUGACAAAGUUGAAGAGUUUUUAACAACUUUUCCAUCUAACGUUUAUCAAAUUCGAAAGAUUGUCUUAUAUGCAGGCGGGUGUGAGGAGAGUGAACAAGUUCAGACAGCGCUGUUGAAAGGAUGUGACCUUCUUAUCUCGACACCGAGCAGUAUGCUUCGGAUGUUGGAAGCCAAUUCCACAAGCUGCAAGCGUUUGUGUCAUGUGAUUUUAGAUGAUGCUAAUAUUUUGUCUGCCAGGUAUCCAACUCAGGUGGAGGACAUCAUGACAAGAUUCAAGCUUGUGUUCAGUGAACGUGAAAAGAAAACAAUCCCAGCCCAGAUCAUGAUAUUUGCCAAGGAGUGGGACCAAAACAUGAACCUGUUUGUCAAGAAGUACACCCUGGAGCCCUACAUUGUCAUCUCAUCCAAACUAGAGGCAGCAGUUUAUGGAGAUGUGCAUCAGGUUGUAUUGAUGUCAUUAUCGACCAAAAAACUGAUGACCUUCUGCAGUGUGAUUGAUAAUCUGACCAGUACUUUGGAACGAGUGGUAACAUUUACGUCUGACUUGUCUGAAGCCAUUGAGCUGUCAAAGGCUGCUAAAUCAAGGGGGGCUUACUGCUUGUUAAUUCAUGAAGAUCUUUCCUUUGAUGAAAAGAAUGAAGCCAGAGAACAGUGGUUGCGUUCAUCUCAUUCAAAACAGUUUUUAGUUCUUGUAUGCACAGACCAGUGUUACGAGGACUUAGCCAUCACAAACGCUACAAGAGUCAUCCACUAUGGAUUGCCCAACAGCAAGACAAAAUUUGGUAACAGACUUGCUUGUAUGUUGGACUAUUUCAGAGACAGGACUUCAGCCAAAGAGCCAGCACUUCAGCCAAUAUCUCAAAUCAUUGUAACUGAAGAGUUUCCAGACAGAGCUGUUAGUUUGAAAGGCAUAUUAGACCGCUGUGGUUCAGAGAAGAAUAUCAAAUUUGACAACUUCAUCGCUGGACAUUUGUCUAAUCUAGAAAAAGAUCCAGACAAGGAGUUGUGUCCCUUCUUAAAGUCAUUUGGAAAGUGUGUUUACCCAACUACUUGUAAGUGUCGUCACAUCUUGUUACCUGAUCAAGACUCAAAGAGUGGACUCCACUGUCACAACACACUACCAUCAUCUGGUGAAAUCAAGAUCAAGAUCAUCAAUGUGAAGAAUACCAGCCGCUACUACUGCCACUUGGUAGAGCACAGGUCUUACCUAGAUGCAGUGCGCACUGACCUAAGAAUACAGUAUCAAAAACUUGUCCUGGAUAUGUUAAUGUAUUACAGUAAGGAGAGCAACCAUGCCCCUUUUGUGCCUGAUACAUUUUCUGAUGAACUGUGCACACUUCAAGAUAAAGACCAAAAUUAUUACAGGGUCAAGGUGCUAGAGAUAGAUUUGAAAUCUCGUUAUCGUCACCAGUACAAAGUUUGGUUGGUGGAUGAUGGUAGAGAAGAGAAAGUUACCCUGGACCAGCUGAUGAAAUUACCUCAAGAACUGGCAGAGAUUCCUUUUCAGGCUGUGGAGGUCAUAUUGUGUAAUAUCAAGCCUAUGGAUGAUGAUUUCGAGUGGACUGUUGAGGCAGACACAUUUGUUGAUGAACUGAUCAAUGGCAAGCAACUCAUUGGACAGAUCAUGAUGAGCAUGGGGUCGACCCUUUGGCUGAGUCCUUUGGUCCACCAAAUCCAAGUAGAUGGUGUGGGCGCUGUCAAUGAUGUCAGCAUCAGAUCUUCACUCAAGGAGAAACAUUUUGCCCAAACUAAUCCAGAGCACAUGAAAAGUUUGUAUGGCAUGUGCAGAGGACAACUUCAGAUACCAGAACAUCUUCUUGUCAGAUACUUUGAUUAUUGUCUGCAGUGUGAAUUAAAACAGGAGGUCCUUACCUCAGAAUGUACGCCAGUGGCCUUAGCCUUUGUGGAUACUCCCAGCAACUUCUAUGUUCAGCGAUGGGAAACAUUAGAUCAGUUGUCUGAACUAGAAGAACAGAUGGAAGAAACUAAAUCACAGUGGAUCAAGUCAGAAAGUAGCAAAGAAACAUUCCACUUGGAAGUUGGCAGCGUGUGCUUAGUACAGUCCACAGACAACCAGUGGUACAGGUGUACAGUUACAGCACAGUGUCACGUUGACCUUUGGGAAGUUUUCAUGCUGGACUAUGGAGAUUGUGAACAAGUUUCUAGAGAGCGUCUGAGACCUAUGCCCAGAUACUUGGCACAUCUUCCAUGUCAGGCCAUCCACUGUAGGCUGGCAUAUGUGGAACCAAUAGAAACUAGCUGGUCCUCCACUGCCAGAGACAUCUUGUGUGAUAUAGCUUACUACCUGAAUGAAACUAAGAAAAAAUUAUUUAUAAAGGUUAUAGACAGUUCUAUGACUGGCUCAGCCAUUAAUUAUGCAGUAGACUUGUACAGUACCAACUAUAAAGACACUAGUCUCUGUGAGGAACUUGUCUGGCGUCGACAGGCUGUGUGUACAGGGCAAGACAUUGAGCCUUUGUUUGCAAGCCCAGAUGAGCAAAGUAUGGAAUCCUUUGUAGACAUCCUGGACAAUGUGCCUUACUUCUGUGCCAGACUCUACCUAGGUCAGGGAGAUGUUGGCCUGCAAUCUCUGGAGCUGGAGAACAUACUUUCUUACAGGCACCCAGGGUGGGAUUCAUCCAUUGAAGAAAGUUGUGUCAUUGCGAACUUGGUGAAGUGUAUAGGCUACAUCUCCAACGUUGAUGCUCAUGGCAAGGUGGUGUCCAGUCUGACAGCCUGCUGUAGAGACAGUGAAAUACUUUGUGAGAUGGCACUAGAAGAGAAUCUAGAGUUCCAUUUAAUUUAUUGUUUAGAACAGGUGUCUCAGCCUGACAUCCAGUGUCAAACAGCUGAAGCCUUGGCCAGUCUUGUCACAGUGAGCAGAUUCUUGGAACAUAUUUUGCAGACAGGGUUGUUGAUAGAAACUUUGUUGCAUUUCUUUGAAAGGUGCUCCAAUAAAACUGUGGAUACAAAGAUCAUUAAACUUCUAAGUCAGGCUGCUACACUCAUUAUAGAGACAGCUCCAGCAGACAGUUUGUCUGAGAAACUCAUGACCCCUGACCUGAUGCAGCUGUUGUGUUGUCAGAUCCGCAUGUCUGAGGGUGAGAGCUCACAGGAGCCAUGGUUCCAACUGCUUGCUGCGGUUUCAACACAAGCCCAUAGUCAAGGAGACAACCAUGGGCUGCUGAGUGUCCUGAUGAGAAAAGUUCACCUGGACAUGUUGUUGCAACUGUUGACUCAACUAUCAAAUGUGAAAUGUCAGUACUACCUUCUCAAAGUGUUUCAACAACUUGUGCUGGUUAGCAGAAAGUACAAACUGAAACUACAAACCAAAAAUUUGUUUUUAAUGCUAGACAAUCUCCUAGAUAAAGAUCUAGAAAGUCCAGCUGUAGAAGUUUGCAGAGAACUUCGCUCUGAACUGAAUCUGAAACUUCCAAAGCCAGAGGCCCUGUCAGGGUUGCCAGUCCAAAAAUGUACAGAUCAGCAGAAGAUUGUGUCGCCUGAAGUCAGGUGGUCCCAGACAUGCUCAAGCUUACUUCUCAAGUUCAUUGUGAAACAGGCCCAGCCUCAAGACUUCACCAUCACAGAGGAUAAGAUAGUCUGCAGAGUUGAGACUGAAGAUACUCUUUAUUCACUGGACUGGGAUUUGUAUGGCCAGCUCAUCCCUCAGAGAAGCAACAUAGUUACUCAGAAAUCUAUUGCUUACGUGAAGCUGGUCAAAAGAGACAAGGGUCGCUGGAGCCGACUUCUAAAGUCCAAAAAAAAGCCUCCAACUUUGAUCAUUGACUUUGACCAGAUCCAGAACAGUGAUGAGGAGGAUGAUGAGCUUGAUGAUCCCAAUCAAAUCACAUUCCAACAGCCUAAGACAUCUGGCUUCACAGAGAAGCUGUCAGUCGAUGUUCAUGAACGACGUCCCUCUUUGUCUUCUGAGAGUGAGAGUGAUGAUGUCUCUAGCAAUGAAUUUAGUGACCACGAGUUUGAGUAUGAUUCUUCCAGUUAACACAUCCAUAGAGACUGUACUAAUGUGUAUGAUGUAUGAUGUGCCUACCUUGUGUGUGUUACACUGGGUAUACUGUUAACAUAGACUCAUUUUAAAGCUUGUGGCAGCUGUGAUUCUUAAUUUGCCUCCAUGGUUUGUGCCAGUCAUUUGAUUUUAUGCCAUUAUUUCAGAGAUUUGAAUGACUUGGUACACUGUUUAUACAUAAAGCUGUUUAUAUAUAUUGUUAAUUUUGACAUGUAAACAAACCGUCCCACUAAAUCUACGCCUUGUAUGAUUAGCAAAAAAAAAUCUGAAAAUAGCUUUAUUUUGUUAUUUUACUUUGAUGUCUUCAGAAAUAUAUUUUUUUAUUUCACUUUAUUAAAAAAAAAGUACACUGCCUAGAAUGCCUAAUUGAAGUAGAUAGAUGUGUAGAAUGAUGUUCAAAGUAAUUAGUGAUAACCAAACAAUUGAAUGUGUGACAAGUUGUUUUUUUUCUACAAAUUAUUGUUAGGAUCUAAGUACAGUGACAGUACUCUGCAUAAUUCAUUAGGUAGUGAUACAAGUCCUGUGCAUUCAGACCUUUUUUUUUUUUUUUAAAUAAAAGUGACAUGCUACCUGAAACUCUGAGCCACGUGUAAUGAGCGUUACCCCGACAAAAUAGCGCGUAAAAAAAAAUAUUUUUCAUUCAUUUUCCAAAAAAUACUUAAGAUAUUGUAAAAUAUGAAUAGAGAAAAAAAAUGUGUUUAAUGUUAUUAUGUGUCUGUCGUUUUGCAGGAAAUGCAUUGAUCUUAAAAUAAAAAUAUGUAAACAUUAUGCUAGAAAUAUAAUAAGCUAUAAUGAAUAAUUUCAAAAUAUAUCAUUUAUUUAAAUUUUAAAAAGUGCACUACAAAAACAUGCAAAGAUACUUCCAUACUCGUCAGAUUUACACACUGAUUAUGGAAAAACAUCUGAUUUAUGUCAUGAUAAAAGAAUGUAUCAUAACUAGAGAAAGGAGUGGGGUUAACAUUCUUGUCUUGUGUGGGCUAGGGAGAGAUGGGAACUUGCCUACAAUCCAAAUUGACUCUCCUGAACUUUGAUAUCCAUGUGAUGGUGUUAGACAGACGGACAGGAAAUAGCCAGAUAAAUGAUUGAAUAGGCCAGCCUGAGAUGAAACCAAGAUUUGGCGGUAUAAGAAAUGUGAUCGCCACCUUAACUUAUCCUGUCAUUGCUGGGUCAAGAGACGCCUUUCUUUGAUGCCGCAGACGAACAAGAUUUCUGAUUAUACUCUAACACACAAGUGUAAGAUACAUCACCUUAUCCCUAACACUUGAAAGGAGUCACCACAUUUCAAAGUCAUAUUUUUUUAAGCAAGUUACGCAUUUUGAACAUUGUUGAAAAAGAAGAACGAGAGGAAAUUUUAAAAUAUCUAUUAAUAUUAAAGAAGAUAGAGACCUGCCCAGGACCUCCACUUAGGUCUACUAAAAUUGGUACUUUUAUACACAUCAAAAAUAGUAUGCGCUAUUUUGUCGGGUCACCGUAAUUAGCAUAUUUUUAAUUGUCUAUAUGUUACUCCAAUUUUUAUUAGAAAUUCAAGUCAAGUUAUAACAAAACUGUUGCCAACAUUAAGUUUAAAAAAAAACAAUUUUGAAAUCAUUUUUUGUGUGAGCCAUCAGUCAACUCUAUGGCUUUUAUAUUUGUUCACUUACACUUCAUUUUGUAUAUGUCAGUGACACUUCACUUUGUAUAUGUCAGUUCCACUAAGUCUGCUACUGUUACAUUCAGAACAUGGUUGUGUUGAAAUCAGGUUACCUUCAACUUGAUGUGUUUGUAAAACUGUUGAAUUCCAAGUGAAUUAUUUAAAUAUUUUUUUUUGUCCAUUUAUUUGAUAUUAUUGUUACUCUUUUAAUUUAAUGAGUUUGAAAUGAUGUGACAUUAUACAGGGUGGUCCAAAAGUAGCUGAACACUUUAAAUAUUUAUUUGGAUGUAUGUAUAUAGUUCUAUCAACUAACACCAUGAUAUUGAUACAUAGAUUUGUGAACAGUAAAACAAUGAACACAUUGUAAUAUCAUAACCAGCACACAACUCAUUUCCAAAUACCAUCUCCCUAGUGGACCACCCUGUAUGUUGUUAUGUACUGAUUCCAUACUAAUUAACACUUUGAAGUAUUAUGUAUAUAGUUAAUAAGAAUAGACUUUGAAAAAUAA